UGAUGGCCGACAACACUGCGAAAAGAGGUUGGCUGCUAAAUCAAACUGAUUGGGUAGAUCGAGAAGUUUGUUCAGCCGAUGACCCGGCUUCAGCAGAGAAGGCAUCAGAUAAAGCAAUAGAAGUCAUGGCAACUGAACCUCAGCCAACCCUGGAGGCUGUGAGCAUCCCAGAGCCCUCCGGAACAUCAUCCGAGAUGGAGGCCAUGUUGAAGAACCUAGAAAUGGAUCCAUAUGAGGAGGAUGAGGCUGAACUUCGAUUCCUUCACUCGAAGCCUACAUGUUUUAUCGUGAUUGGAAAGCCGGGGGUAGGGAAGACAACAAUGGCUAGACGACUGGCUCAGGAGUGGAGGUGUGAACUGAUCAACUCCACGGACCUGCUCCAGCAGAACAUCGAGUUGCAGACAGAAAUGGGACUCAAGUGUCUGGAGAUUCUGAAUCGCGGAGAAGCCAUUCCAGAGGAUACCGUCAUCAAGAUGAUCGACGACAAAGUCAACUCACCGGAGGUUGCUCAUCAUGGCUACAUGCUGGAUGACUUCCCCUGCCUGUCGGAGGAACAUAUGACGAUCCGGGACCAGCUGGAACUCAUCCGCAACUGGAAACUGAAGCCAGACUUUAUCAUUAACUUGAAGAUUCCAGAUCGGGAUAUCGAGAAAAGACGGCUCGGCUGCAAGAUUGACCCCAUCUCGGGAGAAAUAUACACAAAGGAGGUGUACGCUCCAGAGAAGAUUGUCAAAGUUUCAGAAGAGAAGGAUGGCGAGGAAGAAGAAGAGGAGGAGGAAGAGGCUGAGGAAGAAGAGACAGCCAAUGAGGGGGAUGAGCCGCUGAUUGAGCUGCCACCGGAGAUCCUGGAGAGACUCAUCAGGAGACCUGAGGAUCUCCCGGACCAGGUGGAGGAGAACCUGCGCAAGUACAAGACCAACAUGCUGCGUAUCCUCGAGGACUACAUGGCUGACCAUGACCAGCAGUACCUGGUGGAGAUGGACGGCAACCUCAGCAGCCUCACGCUCUUCAAGCACCUGAUGCAGAGGCUGAGCUGCUUCGUCCUCCGUCCUGCUGCUGUCCCGAUAAGGCUGUAUGACCCUGAGGAGGACGACAUUUCCGAGGACAUCCAGACAGAUGAGCUGAUGCGGCAGAUUGCAGCCAAACAGAUGGUGGCCCCUCGGUUCCGCUGGCGCCGUAGUCGCUGGGCUCGCAGUUGUCCUGUGGCUCUGUUUGAGGGAAAUGUUGUCAAUGGAAAACCAGAGUUUGCUGUCAGCUUCCUGGACAAGAUGUACUUCCUGUCCAGCGGGGAAGCAAUGGAGAAGUUCCUCAAGAACCCCCGCCCCUACCUCCUCCCCCCACAGCCCCGCCCUGCUGCCAAGUUCUGUGUGCUGGGGCAGCCCCUAUCAGGGAAGACCACACUGAGUCAUCUACUGGCACAGAAAUAUGGUGCACAGGUGCUCAACAUGACGGAGCUGAUCAAGCCGAGGAUGGCGGAGGAGAAGGAGAAGGCCAUGCAGCAGGUGCGUGACGAGGCUACAGAGGCUGCCGUCACCACGGUCAAGGCCAAAAUCAAGGAGCAGAUGGAUGCAGAGGCCGAAGCAGCAGCAGCAGCUAAAGAAGCAGCAGAGCUGGCAGAACUCGAGGCCGAGGAGGAGAAGGAGAGGGCAGAUGAUGAUGAUGAAGAUAAGGAGGACAAGUCUACUAAAGAUGGAGAGUCAGGGCGGGCAUCAGCUGUCACGGAGAAAGGAGUGGAUGGAGAGAAAGAGGAAAAGCCUGAUGGGGAGGCUAAAGGUGGGGAGGAAGACAAACCUAAAUCUCCAACCCAGGAUGGAACAGCUGAAGGAGAUGGAGAGAAGAUGGAAGGAAAAACAGAUGGAGAGAAAGUAGAAGCUGCUGAAAAUCCUUCUGAAGCCAAGGGAGAUAAGCCAGAAGGUGAGGGCAGUCAGAAGGAGAGCGAGACAAAGGUGGAGACAAAGGAAGAGAAGCCGGUAGAGGUCGAUGGCACACACCCUGAGGUCAUCGCCAUAGUUGAGGCUGCUGUGAAGGAGGCGGAGAAGAACCCAGUACAGAUGCCGCCUGAGGCAUACAUCGAGGUCAUGGAGGCGGCCAUCAAGGAUUGCGAGAGAGAGCUGAGGAAGAACAACCCUGAAGGACCUAUGAACGGAGGCUGGAUCCUUGACAACUUCCCCAGCAACCGUGAACAGUGGAACGUCUGCGUGGAGAAGAACAUCCUUCCUGACGAUGUCAUCAUCCUCAACGACAACAGUGACAACGGUGUUUUCCUCAACCAGCGCUACUACGACAUGAACAAGGAGGAGAUCGAUGGCAAGAUCAAGGUCCGCAGAGAGGCGGAGGAACAAGAGAAACAGAGGCAACUGGAGGAGAAAAGAAAAGAGGCGGAGGAGAAGAAAGCCAGAGAGGAAGCAAUAAGACGGGCAGCAGAGGAAGAACGAAGGAGAAGAAUAGAGGAAGGAGAAGAUUUCCCAGAAGAGGGUGAGAACGGGAAUCAGUCCAUCGAUCGACAGUCUCAGGAUGGCGACGACCAAGACUCACAGCCAGGGGAUAAUACCAAAGAUGAUGAUGAGAAAUCUGAAGGAGCGAGUCCAAAUCAAACGAUGGACACAACAGCUGAAAAAGAGAAGGAAGAAGCUCCCCCUGCCGAAAUAGAUGAGACGAAGGUCCCAGAUGGCCCCGAGAUGGAUGGGUUUAAGAAGCUGCGUGGGGAGCAUGACAAGGAUUUUGUCUCUGUGCACGGCACCAUCACCGGCAGCACCAGCAUUGAACUCAUCAUCGUCGACAUUGAUGACAAGAACAUCGAGGAGAUGUUUCAGAAUGUGGUAGAGAAUGUUGAAAGGCAGCUGGCUUACUGUGGCUGGGAGUACUCGGGGAUGGACAUUGAUGAAGAGGAGGAAGACAAUGAAGCUGAUGCUAACGAGGAGGAAGAAGAGGCUGAGGAGGAGGAGGAAGACCCUAAUCGUAACAAGAAGAAGCCCCUGGGGGACACGAACCACUUCUGCCCAGUGGCCUUGAAGGACACGGGUGUGCUGUUCCCCGGCAACCCGGAGAUUGCUGCCAAGUACAGAGAGCGGGUGUACUAUCUCUCCACCAACGAGGCUAGGGACUCCUUCCUCAACAACCCUGAACAGUACCUGCCCAAGAAUAAACCACUCGAGGCCCCGCCGGUCCGGCUGUUGAUCCUGGGGCCCCGGGGCGCCGGGAAGUCCCUCCACGGCCGUCACCUGGCCAAGAAGCUCGGCCUGUUCCACAUCUCGUUCAGGGAGAGGCUGCAGGAGCUCAUCAUUGCCAAGACCAAGAAGAAGAUUGGGCCCGAGUUUGAGGAAGAUGAGGAGGAAGAUGAGGAAGAAGAGGAGGAAGAAGAGGAAGAUGGUGCAAUCCUGGCCCCUGAUGGCAGUGUAGUGAAGGAUGGGGACGAGGAGCUAGCAGGCAGUGACACCAAGCAGGCCGAGGUGGCGGGGCAGGACAGCAAGGUCACCCAGGGGGAUGACGAGGAGGAAGUGGAAGGGGAGGCCGAUCCCGAGCCUGAGCUGACGGAGGAAGAGGAGGCCAUCAAGGCUAACCUGGAGGGGGAUGAGCCCCUCCCUGCAGAAGUCCUGGACAACAUCAUCCCCCACUGGUGGCAGAGGGAGCCAUUCAAAUCUACAGGGUUCAUCUUGGAGGGUUUCCCCCGCACAGCUGAGGAGGUGAGGUAUCUGGCCGAGCUAGGCCUGUUUCCCGAUGCAGCCAUCAUUGUCGGAGUCUCGGACGGUGAUGUCAUCGGCCGCCUGCUGCCACCCAAACUAGACAAGUGGCGGAUCAAGCGAGACAAGAGAAUGGUCAAGAAGCAGAAGAAGAUGGAGAAGGCUAAGAAGAAGAAGGAGCUUGCAAUCCAGAAGAGGAGAGAUGAACUCCUGAAGGACCAGAAGGAGAGGAGGGAGGAGAGACAGGCCCAGAGAGCAGCUGAGAGAGAGGAGGAAGACGAUGAGGAGGAGGAAAUAGAAGAAGAAGAGGAAGAGGAAGAAGACAUUGAAGCAAUGCUAGCUGAGGAAUUUGAGGAGGAGGAAGAAGAGGAAGAGGAGGAGGAAGAGCUGGAGGAUGAUGCUGUGGACAGGAUCAGGAACAAUCUGAAUGAGAUGUACGACAACGACACCAACAGGCUGGAGCAGGUUCAGGACACUCUGGAGGAGGCGCUAGUUCCUCGCCUGGACGUCGAUGGUGGCCGCAAACCCCACAUCGUCCGCUACAUCCUCACCAAGAAGAUCAAGCCAUUUGUUCAGUUCCGCCACAGCCUGUUUGAGAGAAUCUACCCUGUCAGUGAGAAGCUUGCCAAGAAGAUGCUGCAGAUAGGCUACAAGCAGCCCAGUCGCUUCGGCAGGUGGUGUCCGGUGCAGCUCCAAAGCGGGGAGUGCAUCCAGGCAAUGAGCGGCCCCGGCUACCAGACGUAUCCCUGCCUCUACCGCCAACACGUCUACUUCCUGUCCAGCCCACAGGCCCGGGAAGAAUUCAUGCAUGACCCCAUGACCUUCCUCAAACAAGUGUCGCCCAAACCGGUUGUGCCAGUUCGAAUUGCAGUCGUCGGACCACCCAAGUCAGGGAAAACUACGUUGGCCACAAGGUUUGCGGAGGAGUACGGCCUGAUGCGGUUGUCCAUCGGUGAGGCCAUGAGACUUGUGCUGCACAACCAGCCUCUCUCGGAACUCGCACGGGAGAUGAACUCGCACCUCUUCCGUGGCCUCACCAUCCCUGAUGAGCUUGCAGUACAAGCGCUGGAGAUCUGCAUGAUGGAUAUGAAAUGUCAGACCAGAGGGUUUGUGUUAGACGGCUUCCCAGUGUCGCGGCACCAGAUUGACCUGAUGACGGAGAGGAGCCUGAUCCCUGUGCGGGUUGUGGAAUUGAAGCUGGAGAGCAAGGAUGUGCUGAUCCGCGGAACCAAGGACAGAAUCUCAAGUUCACGGACUCUGCCCCUACACGACAGCUCCCAGAUCCUGUCGGUGCGACUGCGAGGCUACCGCGAUUCCAUCCAGGAAGUAAAGGACUGGUACAGCAAGGAGCACAUGAACUACAUGGAGGUGAAUGGGGACAGCUCCAAGUGGGCGGUGUGGCAAAACAUGCUGGACAUUGCCAAGGACAGCGUCAAGCAGAUUCAGAGCUACCUAAAGAGGAUCACUGAUGGUCAAGCAGCGUCUAUUGCUGACAUGUGCAUCACGCCCAAGGAGUUCCUGCAGCGGGUGGGAGACUUCGAGCAGUACUGUCCCGUCAGCCUGGCACUCAGAGGGGAGCUUGUUGACUGCUCCACUGACCCAACACUCAAAUGUGCUGCAGAGUUCAGAGGUCACUACUACAAGAUGGCGUCGAAGGUGGAGCUGGACCAGUUCCUGGAGGAGCCUGAAAGAUACGUCCCCCCUCUGGCCCCCAGCAAGCUGCCCCCACCAGAGAUGCUGCCCAAACGGAGGAAACCAGAGGAGGUGCAGGCCAUCCGAGACAUCGAGCUGCAGGGCUACUGCCCUGUCACCUUCCUGGACGGCAAGCGCAGAUACGAGUCUAUCGUGCCGGGUAGCUCUGACCUGAUCGUGGAGUACAGGAACAAGUUUUACUACUUUGAGUCAGAGAAGAAACUCCUGAAGUUCAUGAAACUGCCUGAGGUGUACUGGAAUCUGAAGCUCCCCCACAAGCUCCCCCCCAAAAAGGAGUCCCUCCCUGUGACGGGGCUUCCCAUGCUGGGGUUCAUGGAGCAGACUGUGUCCACUGCUGUCAUCAAAGCUCUGACUGCAGCCGGCAACUUCAAGCCAAAAUACCCCUUCAUCAACACAUCCCGCUCAUCCUUGUUGUAUGUGGCCUAUCAUUUGAAAGCAUACAAUCCUAAGAGCUCAGACUAUAUCCGAAGGAAGUACAAGAAAAAGCUGCUACAGUUUGAGGAGACUUGUCAUCUGAUCCAGUACCUUGGGGACAACAUGACCGUCCGCUAUCGCAAUCCCACAGAGAGGCCGCAAGACUUUGAUACGAAACUUGAGACAUUCUUCGCCCUCCGCGGAAUCGAACCAACACCAACCUGGAUUGCGUAGCUUCUGUAAUAGUCUCUGCUAAGUCAUCAGCUUCAUCAAGUGUCUGUCAGGGCCAUUUGUUUUGGAAUCAGCAAAUUGUUGAAGUCAGUUUUAGGGAAAAUGUAAGCGAGUGCAGCAUUAUUUGGUUCAAGUUCAUAAUUCAUGUCUUCACAUCAGUAUAUACAAGUAAGAUAUUUCAACAGGAUCAUAAUUCAAUACUGAUAUUAUUUGGGAAAUAUUUUGUAUAUUUGUAAAUAUACUUUAAGUUCAGUGUAGAUAGAUAUAUAUUUAUUACAUCCAACUGACUCUAUUUGAUAAACUGUCCAAUUUUUUUUUCUCAAUCAUGUCCAAAGAUUUAUUUACCUAGUUAUAGUAUUAUAAGGAUAUCCUUACAAUUUCUUGUACUUCCGUCCAUGUUGCCUUGAGUAGUAUUAUAAUUCAAGACCUUCCAAGAUGUAUUUUAAUUGUGUUUUUUUCAGAAUUCUUUCCUUUGUUGCAUUCAUAGUCGUAAAAUUCCUAGAUUCAUCUCAGCACAGCAUUGUCUUCAAUGUGUAAAUAUUCCUUUUCGGGAAACAAUGUUUGAACUAUUUUGAUAAAUAUUCUGCUAAAUCUUCGUAAAGCGAAUAGUUGUCAAGUAUUUUAAUAAAUGUUUUAAAUUUAAGAUUGUUAGGUGUUGACAUCUUGUCAGGGCUUCUCAAGAUAGCUUUAAGUACAUGUUACAUGCCUUGUUAUAUUUUAAAGAUAUAUCAGCGGACAUUGUUCUCUAUGACGUAUGUACUUCCCAAUGUUUACCUGUGAUAUAUAUGAUGUAACUAUAGUGCCUGUCUGCAUCUCAUCGUGCUGUGAGGAAUAUUGUUUACAGGACAAGUGUUGUCACUAUAUGUACAUAUUUCUUCUGUAAUAUAUGUGAUCUCAAAAUAAAUGUAUUAAGAAUAUUUGAAAGUAUUAAAUUUUAUUUAUACAUUU